UGCCAUUUUUUUGAGGUCGGGAAAUAUUGUUUUUUUAGUAGUGACGUUUGCGGAAGCUUCCAAAUUGUCAGUACUCUAACCGCCUAACGCACUGUCAUCGAGGAACCACAACAAUACACCUUCAGGAGCCCUUGUAUUCUAUAAAUAGCUUUUAAACUCAAUUAAAAUUAUAUCUCAACAAAAAAAGAUGGCUCCUUCUUUCCUUGCUUUAUUCAUUUCAAUAUUGUUCCUUGGUGCUGUUACUUGUUAUGUCCCAGAAGUAGCAAGCAGAAUGCUGGUUGAAAACAGCUUCACUAGCACUAUUUCAUCAGCUCUAACCAGUAAAGAUGGAACUCGUGAUAUCAUCAGUGUUAUUCCAUCAACUCCAACCAGGAGAAAUGAUGAGGGACAGGAAAGGGUAAGAAGGGAAAUAGAUAUGAAUGAACCAGCAAGGAUGAUAGAUUGUGAUGAUGUUGAAGAAGAAGAAGAAGAUAAUCAAGUGAUAAUGGUUUCAUCACCUAGCAUCACUGUUUCAAGGAGGGGAACUCGCAAUUUUAUGAGUACUAUUCCAUCAAUUCCAACCAGUACUGUUCCAUCAAUUCCAACCGGAAUUAUUCAUCAUGGAAGUCGGAAGAUUCUUACUAACCGUCGUCUAAUUGAGGCCAAAGGUAGCACGUCUCCAACUGCGCCCGGCAAUUAAUCUCUCUAUUUUUUUAUUUUUAUUUUAAUUACAUAGUAGGUAGGGGGAAAAUGAGGAAGCCGAUUACAAGUUGGGACAAGGCUCCCCUCCAAUGAUAGAUUCCUCCAGUUCCUCCAUUGAUAUGCUGGAUUUGUGACAUGUGUCCUACUAAAGAAUUAAUGGAUCAGAUCUGUCUUGCUAAAGUA